AUGAAGCUCAAGGGUGCCGUAACUGGCCAUUCUUUGUUGAAGAAGAAGUCAGACGCUUUGACCAUGCGUUUCAGAAAGAUCCUUAACAAUAUCGUCGAAAACAAGCAAUUGAUGGGUGCCACCAUGAGAGAGGCUUCUUUCUCUUUGGCAACUGCCAAAUAUGCUGCUGGUGAUUUCUCUAACUCUGUUAUUGAGAAUGUUACCAAUCCAACCAUUGCCGUAAAGAUGACUACUGAAAAUGUUGCUGGUGUCCAUUUGCCAACUUUUGAAAAGAUUUCUGAAGGAGCUGUUAGUACUUCACAAGAACUUACUGGUCUUGCCAAGGGUGGUCAACAAAUUUCAAAGUCACGUGAAUCACAUCUCAAAGCUAUCGAAGCCUUGAUUGUUCUUGCUUCCUUACAAACUGCUUUUGUAACAUUGGAUGAAGUUAUUAAAAUUACAAAUAGACGUGUUAAUGCUAUUGAAUACGUAGUCAAGCCACGUCUCGAAAAUACCAUCAACUAUAUUAUGACAGAACUCGAUGAAUCCGAAAGAGAGGAAUUUUACAGACUAAAGAAGGUGCAAGGAAAGAAGAAGAAGGAUUUGAAGGCCAAGGAAGCCAACAAGGAAGUCGAACUCGCCUCUGAACAAAAGAUUAUCAAUCCAACAAAGGUCAAGAAUAUGAUCGAAGAGGAAGGUCAAGAAGAGGAAUUAUUAUAUGGUGCCUAA